CGACGUACGCGGAAGUGACGGACACGGCGAGCUGGCGCACACCGACCUGACCUAACGCGAGCGACUUGUCGGUCGGGCGACGGACGUGAUGGGGGACGCGGCCUGCGCCGAGGACGAGGAACCCCGCCCGGCAUCUUUUCGCCGGUGUGAACGUCCAUUGUGUGGCGAAAGGAUGUGCUGAGACGGCAGGUUGAGCAGCCGUGUCUGGAAUCUUGAGAAUGUGGCAGACUCCAGCGAAAUUGUGAAAGGCGAGUCUGUUCUGCCACAGAAUGCAGAGCUGCUCGGGUUUUUGUCGCCCUGGUGCUCCUUAUCGGGUGUUCUUUCAGGUCUUUUCAUCAUCAUGUUCAUUCAGAAUUAACUCUCGACGUUUCUUCAUAUACACCAAAAGGAAGAUGUGAAGGAGAACCUAAAGAAACGCUUCAAGGAACAUGUUUCUUUGGGGUUCACCUCCUUUUGGUCUUUCGUCAGGUUCUCCUUCAGAUGUUCCAUCAGGUGUUUAUUUAGGUUGUCCUUCAAUCUCCUAUUUGGGUAUUCCUUCGGGUGGUGCUUUGUUGCUCUUCGGGUGUGUCUUUCGUUGACCGUGGCAAAAAGUUCAGCCGAGGUGCUGUGACGAGAAAAACUGCAACCCUGUAUUUUGAGGGUUUUGAGGCGCUACAAUGCACUGUGUUAUUUCGUUGUUGAACCACAAAGACAUGGGGCGAUUGUCAAUGAAGAUGCACAAGUCCUCAAAGAAGAGGAAUCGGGUGAGGUUAAAGAAGAGAGUUUGGCUGCAAUGAUCCGUCGCCCUAAUCGCUGACUGCACGAGUACAUUGCGCUGACAAAGACUCUAUGUGUUUUGCUUUCUAGCCACAGGUAGAUAUGAAAUUGUGAAUAUAGUAUGUAGUAUAUGAAGCAUACUUCAGUCGGUUUCGCGGCAGGCUUUCGGCUUUUCAUCACAUGUUCCUGCAGGUUCUCCUUCAAGUGUUUUGUCAGGUCUUUAUUGAGGUUGUCCUUCAACUUCUUUGGUCUUUCAGGUGCUCACCUUGAGGUUCUCCUUAAGGUGUUUCUUUCAAGUCGUCUUCCGGUGUUCCUUCAGGUGUUUCUUUCGGUUGUUCUUUCAGGUGUUGCUUCAAGUUCAACUUCAGUUGCUCCUUGAGGUCUUUCUUUUACGUUUGCCUUCCGGUGUUCCUUGAGGUGUUUUUUAUUAAUGUUUUUUAGGUUGUACUUCGGGUUCUUCUUCGGGUGGUCAGGUCAUUCGUAAAAAAAAAAAAGAUGACCCUAACGACAGAGUUGUGUGUUUGUGUGUGUGUGUGUUUGGCAGGAACAUUUUGAGGAUGCCUACGACCGCAUCCCCACUGCGUGUCAGAUGGACCUGCAGUCCGCCAUCCAGGAGACUCAAUGUGCCCUCAAUCUGGUCCUCAACAACAAGUUCUCGGAAGCCCUGGAACUCCUCAAGCCGUGGUAACCAUUUGCCAGUGUGAGUCCAGUCUCUGUCCUGUUGUAACCGCCGCGCGUUUGCGUAGGUGGCGGGACAGCAUGUACCACGCGUUGGGUUACAGCAGCAUCUUAGUGAUGCAGGCCGCCAUGACCUUCGAGCACAGGGACAUCCAGAUCGCCAUGGCGACCAUCAAGGAGGCCUUACACACCUGUCAGAGGUUUCGCAAGAAGAACUCGGUGGUGGGGUCCCUAUCCAGUCUGAUCAGCAGGCAGUCCAACCUUCAGGAAGAGGAGAUGCACGCCGAGCUCUGCUACGCCGAGUGCUUGCUCCAGAAAGCCACGCUGACCUUCGUGCAGGACGAGAACAUGAUCAGCUUCAUCAAAGGAGGCAUCAAAAUUCGAAGCAGCUACCAAAUCUACAAGGACUGUCACAAUGUGCUGAAUGUCGCUCGCGAGCUGAGCAGCCAAUCAGACUCGCGCAGGCAAUUUGAGGGCGGAGUCAAGCUGGGCAUCGGCUCCUUCAACUUGAUGGUGUCCCUCCUCCCGCAGAGGAUCCUGAGGUUGCUGGAGUUCAUGGGCUUCUCCGGGAACAGGGAGUUUGGCUUGUCCCAGCUGCGAGAGGGAACGUCCGGCUGCAGUUUGCGCUCCAUCUUGUGCACGCUGACGCUGCUGUUCUACCACACAUACGUCUCCCUGGUGCUGGGAAGCGGCGAGGGGAACGUCGUGGAAGCUGAAGCUCUGCUGGAGCCGUACCUUCACAAGUAUCCCAAAGGCGCCAUCAUUCAGUUCUACUCGGCCCGGCUCGCCGCGCUGCGGGGACACUUCGAGGAGGCGUGUUUGGGCUACCAGGAGUGUGUGAGCAGCCAACAGGAGUGGAAGCAGAUCCACCACUUGUGCUACUGGGAGCUGAUGUGGACGCACUCGUACCGGCAGGAUUGGCCGCAGGCGUACCGAUACGCCGAGCUGCUUUGCUGCGAGAGCCGCUGGUCCAAGGCCAUAUACGUGUACCAGAAGGCCGCCAUCCUCAGUAUGAUGUCGGCGGAGGACGUGAAGAAGACUGGCGAAGACGUGGUGGAGCUCUUCAGGCAAGUGGAGGGGCUCAAGCAGCGGCUGGCGGGAAAGUCCAUCCCCACCGAGAAGUUCGCGGUCAGGAAAUGUCGCCGCUACAAGGCCGGCACACCCGUGCCGCUGGUGCUUCCCGCUCUGGAAAUGAUGUACAUUUGGAGCGGCUUCACCAUCGUGGGCAAGCGAGCCGACUGCACCGAAGCGCUGCUGGUUACCAUCGAGGCGGCCGAGGAGCAGCUUCGCCGCGACUCCCAGCCGUCCGAGUUCCACGUGGACGACGGCUGCCUGGUGCAGAUGCUGAAGGGUCUUUGCCUCAAGCACGCCGGCCGCCCGCUGCAAGCCGAGCUCUGCUUCACGCACGUCCUGUCCAGUGAAAAUCGCAUCCGCUACGAUCACUACCUUGUCCCCUUCACGCUCUACGAGAUGGCCCUCCUCUACCGACAGCAGGGUGACGACGCCAAGGCUGCCACCUACAUGGAAAACGCCAAGAGCAACUACAAGGACUACUCCAUGGAAUCCAGACUGCACUUUCGCAUUCAUGCGGCCCUCAACAGCCUCAAAAGUUCGCCUGCUGCCAGCCCGUAAUGGCCGCCGCCUCCAGUGAAUGCGUGCGGCACUCGGUUUAUUUUGGAAUAUUAUUCGGGCCCGAGCAAUAAUCAUUUUUUCUUGUGCCGACAGUUGAAUUGCCUCUUCGUGGGCCUUGAACACAAAUGUUUGAAGUGUAGGAGUCGUGAACAUGACCCCGCAAAACUUAGCCAGUACUUGGGAGCCCCCAUCACCAGUUUCGCCAACUGACUCGAAAUUUGGCGGCGCAAAAAAGUCUCAAGGACCCAUGCCUGAAAUUGAACAUGAAGUUGGUCAUUUUGGGUUGAAUUUCGGUACUCGCUAUUACACAUUUUCACCAGGCAAUCGGCCCAAAUGGGCCCCACCCGGAACCGGGUACCGUAAAUUCCGAACUUUUUUGACCUUUGCUCAAGUUUGACGAUUCUUUUGAGGAUUUGCCAUGAAAAACUUAGCUUGAAGUAUUAUUGUUUUCAUUCGCCUUCAGCUUCCGUUCGUCCCACGCAGCCGCCAAUCAAAAUUUAAUAGCAUGUGAUUGGCGGGCGCGUCGCACAACCUCCGUACGUCGCCAUAGCAACAUGCUUGUUGACAGGGAAGUAAGGAAAGAGUGUUUUUUUUUUUCUCCUACCUCUUUAUUUAUGAUUUUGUCUUGGAAUUUCACUUACACUGAUAAGUUGGCAGCACAAUUUGCGCAUGACACUCAUAUUCUUAUUAUUGUUAUUAUGAAACAAAUGUGCUCUUAUGUGACUUUAUAUGUUCUGCACUCCCGGCCGGCUUAAACGGCGACACACACUCCAGCUGACGUCUUGGCGUGUAAGCGUGCGAGCAUGUUUUCGUCGCCGCGGCGACCAAAAACCUCCGCAAAACGGCAAGCAGCCAGCUGACGCAACACGGGCAGGCAAACGAACGCGUGUCGAGCGCGCCCACGCGCGGGUUGUCACAAGAGUGAAAUGUUUACGUGACGACCAGACUUUGUCCCACUUGAAAAACACUUCUUUCCUCAUCGGCGAGAUUAUGUGUGUAACAAGUCACAAUUUUUUUUUUUUAUAUAUAUAUAAAUGUGGUCUGAUAAAUGUGUCACUUUCCUUUUUUUGUGCCUCUUUGUGAUUAAUUCUUCACGAAACUGCCCUCAGAGGAUUUUGUGAAAUAUUAUUUUUUUGUUCCAAUUACAUGGCUUCAAACCAAACAUGUCAGCAAACUAAGCUCAUAGCCCCCUACCCUAAUGUAAAGUCUUUUCAUAGAAGUACUUCAGGCAUGACAAAUCAAGUGUGCGUGUUGCAACAUUAUCCAAAGUAAUGUGUGAAUUUGUGCAAUGCAAACUUUUCCAGCUUUAUUUUCUAUUUAUAUUCAAAUACGCUUUUCGACGUGAACUCGUUCAUUUUCGUUUGCUUUUCUGUACUUUUUCUUUUGCUCUUUGUUUUUCAAUGCUUUUAACCGCAAAAAGCACGUUGUGUACGACAUGCGCUACGUAAAUCAAUGUGCCUAUUUAAUGACGCGUUCACCUGGCAUCAAGUCAUGUUCUUUUGUCAUUGGAAGGAAAAGGAAAUAAAUGCAUUCCCGACAAGC